UAGGACAGACUGCAUGCUCUCUCUUUCCCUUUCCUCAGUCAACCUUCUUUCUGUUUCCAUUCUCUCUCUUGCUUUCUCUAAAAGUUAUCGGGUGAGAAAAGAAGACGACAUUUGGAUGAUUUACACUCUUCCAUCAGCGUCCUCUUGGGAAGACAUCAGUCGUGGCGUAUAGCAUCCAAUGGAAACUUUGUUCGGCCUACGUUUCAGGCGGAAAGCCUGUGAGCCAAACGUGCGCAGGCGCUCCAGUGUGUCACUUCCAGCGAGUAAAGCGCGCCGGCGCUCCAGCGUGGGCCUGCCCUCAGCUGGCCUGGCUCAUAGACGCAGGUCUAGCGUUCAGCUUCAAAACAGCAAUGUGCAGGCAGGUGUCAGAAGAGGACACUUCACUAGGAGGAGGUCGAGUGGUGCGACGGCCUGCCUGACCCCGCGGUUCGCUAUCCGACGAAGACAGGCUGCCAAACACCGCAGCAUUCACGCCCAGCUCCUGGGACCGUCACUGCUCCUGGCUAGUGUGGUGCAGAUGAGUGAAGACCAUGAAAGGGAGGAUAAGAGUGCAGAGGAAUACUCCUCUUUCUCCGAUAGCGAAUGUAGUCAGGAAGAGCACGAGCAAGCAGGGAUGUGCUUGGAGACGGAGUCUGAUAAAUGUCCGACAUGGUUGGCUCAAGGUUUGUUGGCGGGAGAAAGCAUUCAGCCCCGCCCCCUCAUCCGUGCACCACGUUGCCUGCGGCGAAACUCCUCACACCUACUUCCUGCUGAGGCCGUUUUUCGAAGCCCAGCCUCUUCUGGCCUGUAUGGCCGUUACCGAAGGACCAGUCAGGCACACAGGCUGUCCGAUGUGGGUGGAUUGUGGGCAGGGAGGCGAAAUUCUCUUGCAGCUCGAGGUUCAGUUGCACUGUACAGGACCAGCUCCCCUUGCUGGCCAGAACUCAGUCUUUCACACACACUGCAGGGAACUUACUACAACCCACAGAUUGACACAUGGAACGGGUUCCUCUCGAAGGCCAUUGCCAAGUCCGGUCUCCAGCACCUCUCCAGCCAGCCCAGUGCUUUAGUGUUGGCCAGGGGGGAAACGGACAGAGAAAUCCGCAGCACAGUGGACUGGAGUGAAUCGGCUCUGUACGGAGAGCACAUCUGGUUCGAGACAAAUGUCUCUGGGGACUUCUGUUACGUCGGAGAACAGCACUGUUACGCCAAAUCUCUGCAAAAGUCUGUUGCUCGGAAAAAAUGUGCUGCUUGCAAGAUCGUAGUUCACUCCAUCUGCAUUGAACAGUUGGAGAAGUUAUUGGAUUGGAAUGCUCCGCCUCAGGGGGAGAGGCUUGAUGAAGUGCCUCUCAAAGAGCCGUCAUUCAGAAUAAACUUCAGAUGUAAACCAUCUUUCAGGGAGUCAGGAUCGCGGAACGUCCGGGAACCUGCAAUAGUGCGACACCACUGGGUCCAUCGGAGAAGACAAGAGGGCAAAUGCAAACAGUGUGGAAAGGGAUUUCAGCAGAAAUUUGCCUUUCACAGUAAAGAGAUUGUAGCCAUUAGCUGCUCCUGGUGCAAACAAGCAUAUCAUAAUAAGGUGACAUGCUUUAUGCUGCAGCAGAUAGAAGAACCGUGUUCAUUAGGAGCACACGCCGCCGUUAUAGUACCUCCUACCUGGAUCAUACGGGUUCGCCGACCUCAGUCCUCGCUAAAGUCAAGCAAAAAGAAGAAACGAGCGUCUUUCAAGCGCAAAUCCAGCAAGAAAGGAGCAGAGGAGGCUCGAUGGAAGCCCUUCAUUGUGAGACCUAUUCCCUCUCAACUCAUGAAGCCACUGCUGGUGUUUGUUAACCCAAAGAGUGGAGGAAACCAGGGAGCUAAAAUCAUCCAGUCCUUUCUGUGGUAUCUGAACCCUCGGCAGGUCUUUGAUCUCAGUCAGGGCGGUCCUCAGGAAGGCUUGGAGCUGUAUCGCAAAGUUCACAACUUGAGAAUUUUGGCCUGUGGUGGGGAUGGCACGGUGGGCUGGAUCUUGUCUGCUCUUGAUCAGCUGCAGCUAAACCCUUCUCCUGCUGUGGCAGUACUUCCUCUGGGCACAGGAAAUGACCUUGCUAGGACGCUAAACUGGGGUGGGGGUUACACAGAUGAACCUCUGAGUAAAAUCCUGUCUCACGUUGAGGAUGGGAAUAUUGUACAGCUGGAUCGAUGGAAUCUUAUUGUGAAACCCAACCCAGAUGCGGGCCCCGAGGAAAGAGACGAGCAGGUUACGGACAAGCUCCCUCUUGACGUAUUCAAUAAUUACUUCAGCCUUGGGUUUGAUGCUCAUGUGACUUUAGAGUUUCACGAAUCUCGAGAGGCCAACCCUGAGAAAUUUAACAGCCGAUUCAGAAACAAAAUGUUUUAUGCAGGGACAGCGUUUUCUGAUUUCUUGAUGGGCAGCUCCAAAGACCUGGCUAAACACAUCAGAGUAGUGUGUGACGGAACAGAUUUGACCUCGAAAGUCCAGGAUUUAAAGCUACAAUGCCUGGUCUUCCUCAAUAUCCCCAGGUACUGUGCGGGCACUAUGCCAUGGGGCAAUCCAGGUGAGCAUCAUGACUUUGAGCCUCAGCGUCAUGAUGAUGGCUGCAUUGAGGUCAUUGGAUUCACGAUGACAUCACUGGCCACGCUGCAGGUCGGAGGUCACGGUGAGAGGCUAAAUCAGUGCCGUGAAGUCACCCUUACCACUUUUAAGUCAAUCCCCAUGCAGGUGGAUGGCGAGCCUUGCAAACUAGCGCCAUCUGUAAUUCACAUCUCCUUGCGAAACCAGGCCAACAUGGUGCAGAAAACCAAGAGACGCACAUCUAUACCACUGCUCAAUGAUAGUCAGCAACCAUUUCCAGAACGGUUACGGAUCAGAGUGAGCCGUAUAAGCAUGCAUGAUUAUGAAGCUCUGCACUACGACAAGGAGAAACUCAAAGAAGCUUCGAUUCCGCUGGGCCUCAUCGUUGUCCCGGGAGACAGUGAUUUGGAAACCUGUCGAGCUCACAUCGAGAGACUACAGGAGGACUUUGUGUCGUGUCACCCAUCUCUGCAGCGGCUGAUGCUCCAGGAAGGUGACGGAGCCCAAUCCAAAGCUUUGUCAUCUCAGAGGCUGUCUCCAAAAUGGUGCUUCCUCGAUUCUACAACAGCUGAUCGAUUCUACAGGAUUGAUCGAGCUCAAGAGCAUCUUAACUACGUGACUGAGAUUUCUCAGGAUGAGCUAUUUGUUUUGGACCCAGAACUGGUUGUCACAGAGACCGUCAGCACAUCGCCAGGCAUGCCAGACCUGGUGGACUCCUCUGGUGAUGUCCCGUCCGAUCCACAUAAAUUUGCCUUCCCAUCAUCCUCCUCUUCGCCACCAAACUCGCCUGAACCCAGGGCUGCAGAGCUCCAAAGGAAGCGUGUUUCCAGUGACAGUUCUGUGGCAGAAGCACUUGCACACAGUGACUCGCUCAGAUCAACCAAAGCAGCUCUCACCAGGGUGGGGGGUGUUCAUCGCUCAAAUACAACAGCGGCCGAUUUCAAACCUACCAGCAGGUCUGAGAAGAGCACCCUGAGCAAUGCGAAUUCUGUGUCAGCAGACAAUCUAAUCGAAUGUGUGAAAAUGAAGGACCACCAGAAGUUGAAGGAGCUGCAUAAGAUGGGGGCAGACCUGUGUGUGCGGGACCCUGUGGGCCGUACCCUACUGCACUAUGCUGUGGAAGUGGGCAGCAAGGAGAUUGUCAGAUACAUCAUUGAUAAUGCACCCACCGAUAUUCUGGAUGUAACGGAGAGAGAAAACGGAGAGACGGUGUUGCACAAAGCGGCCUCGUUGUGUCAUAGGACAAUCUGCCAUUACCUAGUGGAGGCGGGAGCAUCUCUCAUGAAGACAGACUUACAGGGCGACACUCCAAAGCAUCGUGCCGAGAAAGCGAAUGAUGCAGAACUUGCGGCAUAUCUUGAGAAUCGCCAGCACUACCAAAUGAUCCAGCGUGAAGACCAGGAGACUGCAGUUUGACCUUUGACCUCAACCAGUGUCCUCCUUUUUGUGCCAAAACAACAACAGUAACCAAAAAAAUGUAUCUCGAAACCCAUCGCAGGCUCUCUGGACUGCACAAGGGGGCGAGGGGGGAUUGAUUCCCAGAGAGGGGAGACGUUCGGACGCUUAACUCUCUGAAGAGGUCCCUAGCUUUUAUCAUCAUUCUCUGAAUGACCUGUUGAACUUAAUGUCGUUUAUUUCAUUGCACUGCCAAAACAUCUUAGAGUUUGUAUGUCUGAAACAGGAUGCAAAAUUCUCUCCAUGUUAAUGCACUCAUCAAGUUAGCUUUCUAGUUUGACAAUGCUGAAUGUUAGAUGAACAGAAUGAGGAUCUCGAAGAUGUCCAUGGGCUGUGUGUGUGUGUGUGUGUGUGUGUGUUUGUAGAUCAGGGCUAAGGUGAAGGCUCUUGCUACAUGUUAUGGCUGAACUUUAGUCUGGUCAGUGGUCCACAACAUGAACCAGAACUCGAAACAACAUUUCAACGUAGCCGACUUAUUUCCUAAUAACAGUAGAGCCAUUAAAUAAUAUGAUGUUAAUGUAUAAUGUAACUUUCUAGAUUCUUCUGCACUGAAAGAGUUCAGGGUGGUUCAAAGACGGGAAGGUUUUCCUUGGGCCUUGGUUUUUUAGUAUGAGAAGGAUUUAGAUCUUUUUCAGGUUUGUUUAUUGGAAGGAUUUUGCCUUUUCAUACAGUAGAUUUCUGUGCAGUUUCUAAUAAGAAAUUUGGUACUGUAAAUGUAUGCGAGUAUCUUUCUGUUUAAGAGGCAUUUUUGCACUGUAGCUUCGAUUGCCUUCUUUAUUCUAUGAUAUGGAUUUAUUAUUGAUGUACUAAAUAUAGCUUCUUUCCUACAAUAUUUUGAAGUAAAUAGAUGUUUAUAUAAUUUGUAGCUAUAAAAAAAUGUGUGUCGUCAUGUUUGUAUUAUAAAACUCUGUAAAUUAGAUUUUGGUUUAUUGGAGUUUCAGCAUUUUUCUUAAUUCUUUGUGAUAAACCAACACACUCUAUAAGAGUUUGUUUAUUGGUUUGUUUUGUUGUGGGUUUUUUUUUUUCUGAUGUCUUAAUACAGAUUUAAGAUUUUAGGAUGCUAAUUAUUUUCCUAAAAAGAUAAAUAUUGAAAAUAUUUUGGCCUUCAAAUGUAAUGUAUUUAAUAAUAUUGGUCAUUUAUAAUGUAUUUCGGUAAUUUACAUCACAGAAUGAAACCCUUCUUUGUCCAGAAAGGUUACUACUUCAUUAAUGAUAUGACCCACUGAUUUCAAAGUUCUUUACAAUAAAUGUCAUUAUACAGGAUGUAUGCAUAUUCACAAUGUAUAACACAUUGUAUUUAGCUCAGUUCUAUUCUUUCUUUGGAAAGAAUUUGAAAAGUUUGAGUGUUUAAACAACCACCCAUUCAACCCUUUUACCCUGACAGCUAUUUGACAGGAGUCUUGAUGAAUGACAUCACAAACCAUACACACUGAACUCACUGAACUCUUACAUUGGGCAUGUCUUAAUAAACAUGGAAUAUGUCUUAAAGAACGAUUUUUUAUAGUGUGGAAAAUUGUCCAUGAUUUUAUUUUUUCUUUUAUAAUGUUUAAUCUGAAACCCCAGUAUAAAGGUUGAUCAUGUGAUGUGCAUAGGAUAAGAACACAUCUUGGUUUUGAUGAUUGGUGUUACUUAAGAAUUCCUGUAAUGGAAAAGCUGCUGAUGUAGUUCAGACAGACACAGGUUAACAGAUGCAUUCUGGGAGAGGAAAGCUGAAACUUUAAUUGGCAUUCAAGCUAACAGUACUUUCUAUUCCAUCAUACCAACUUCAUUCCUUUACCAAAGAAUGUUGAUCAUUUAAUUCUACUAUUUGAGAUAAGCAGCCUACAGGAACCUCUCACCCUCAUAGAUUGGAGGGAUUAAGGGACAAGUUUCAAUUUCUUCAUAAUUAUAAUAAUCCUAAAACUAGAGUUUUUCAGACUGAUAAGCAGGACAGAUUGCAUAGAUUUGCCCCAAAUAUUUGAAUUAAUUUCUAAACACUUUUAUAUUAGCCUUUUUCUCUUAUGUACUGUAAUAGUUGGAACAAAUGUUGUCACUUAAAUCUUAGAAAGCAGUUGUAUUGAGUGUCGGAUCUAACAAAAUUCAGUUUGUUACAACUUUCUCUCUCUCUCUCUCUCUCUCUCUCUCUCUCUAUGUUUCUGUAAAACUUGUAAUAGAUUUGGAUUUUAUUUGACAUAGGUAACUGCCUUUAAUUUCUUAGAUGAUGUACAAAUAUUUGUAUGUCCACAGUUCUGUAGCUGAUUAUUAGCAAUAUACAUUUUGACUGGCAUUGUGACGUUCUGCUGCAUGAACUAUCCAGAACUAUUAACUCAGUGAAGUGGAUAUUUGAAUGGCCAGUUUUAUUUCUAGACUGCUUUUAGCGUAUCAUUCUAACACCUCUAAGGGCAAGCGAGUCCAUGUCCCUGCAUAAGCCCACUGUGGUCACCGAGUUAUUUAGUCUGCUGUUAAGAUUUUAUCACCCAGACUUUAAUGAUAGGUUCUUUUGUUUUGUUAUUGAUUCAUCUACUCUUUGGCAUGUUCAGAGGAGAUUGCAAGUAGUUCUGGCAUAUUUCACUUGCUGUGAUUUUUGUCCAACCAACAGAUUAUGGUUAUGUAUAUUGCUUCAUUAUACAUAAUUCAUACUUGCAUAUUUUCUCAAACAGCUAUUUAGGGCUGGACUUUACAUGCCCUUUCUUAUUAACAGCUAAAGUUUUUAAUGCAUAGCUCAUUUUAGCAUUUCAUUAUCAAUACUGUAUGUCAGCAACCAUUAAUUACAUGCAUCUAAUAUGCUGUUUUACUUCUUGUAGUAGAGACACUUUUGAACAUUGUCAACAUGAUCAAUAAACACCCCUUUAUACUUUAUACCAUAUUAUUACUUAAGAGAUAUAGAUUUUUGGAGAAAUUUCCGUUCUGUUAUGAAAAAAACUUUACUUUUACUUUCAAUGGCAAAGCAAUGUAAUAUGUAGUAUGAAUUUCUGAAUGUGUUUUGUUGCUGUGUAUUUUUAGCUGUAGAGAUGCAUGAGAGCAGUAAGAAGAGGAAGAACUGUCUUUUUCCUUGAUUUACAGGGAAAAUUAUCUGACAUUGACACUAAUUUGUGUCUAGUUUUAUUUUUAGUUAAUUUUUUUGCAGUGCAAUGUAAAGCUAGAAUUUGUUAGAUGUUUUGAUAAUGAGAAAGCAGAAAGCAUAGGUUCCAGUGCAAUACAAUAUAUUGGGUUUUAAGAAAUGUUUUAUGAAUUUUCUGUUCUGUAACAACAUGUAGUCAAUAUUUAUCUCUUCAGCGAUCUUAUUUUGUUACUGUCUGGUUAUUAACAUAAUAAAGCAUACUGAAUAUUUCA